AUGUGCUUCCCUGUCUCUCCCUCACUCCACGUUCAACCACUCCCCACCCACCAGUACCCCACCAAGGCGCUGGCCCCUUUGAUGCUGGAGGACUAUCGGCGCGUGGCGGUGGAGAGGAGGGGCGAGGGCGAGGAGGGGCUGUUCUCCAGUGCGGAUAUCAGCGCGGCCGUGGGGCGAGCGAUCCCAGUGGACAUCCAUGAGAGCAUUCAAGUGAACGAGCACAUCACCAUCACUCCCUACUAUGCCGGCCAUGUACUAGGAGCAGCCAUGUUCCACGUGCAAGCGAGCAACGGAGCAUCUGUUCUCUACACAGGUGAUUUCAACAUGGCACCUGACAGGCACCUGGGAGCAGCGAGGGUGGAUCCGCGCCUUCGGCCCGACCUCAUGAUCUCCGAGUCUACCUAUGCCACGACCAUCCGUGAGUCCCGGCGCAGCCGAGAAGCGGACUUCCUUUCACGCGUGCAGGCAUGCGUCGCAGCGGGGGGCAAGGUGCUCAUCCCCGUGUUUGCCAUGGGGCGAGCGCAGGAGCUGUGUGUGUUGCUGGACGAGUACUGGCACCGCAUGGGGCUCGACGUACCUAUCUACCUCAGUGCUGGUACGCACUGUUAUGGAUUGCACCCCCUUCUCCCUCGGCGCUCGCGUGAAUGCGAUAUGUGGUAUGUCUAG